AUGGCCGAACAGCGGCCGAUCUCGUUCUGUGAACAUGUCCAACUCACUGCCCUCGGCGUCCAGCCAGCCUCCAUCGGCUUCAACACGCUCACCAUGGAAUCAGAACGAUACGUGUGUGUCCGUGAGGAAGUCAAUAGUGCGAAGCAAGUGAUCAUCAUCGAUCUCGCCGAUGCCAACAAUGUCAUGCGAAGACCGAUCAGCGCCGAAAGCGCAAUCAUGCAUCCAGUCCAAAAAGUUAUUGCCCUACGAGCUCAGAGGCAACUCCAAGUCUUCAACAUCGAGCUCAAACAGAAAGUCAAGUCACACGCGAUGAAUGAGGAUGUCUCGUUUUGGAAGUGGAUCAAUGACUCCACUCUGGGCAUCGUCACCGAGACCGCAGUCUACCACUGGGCCGCCCUCGACCCAACAAGUCCUCCCGUCAAAGUCUUCGACCGAAACGCGAAUCUGGCUGGCCACCAGAUCAUCAACUACCGCGCCUCCCCCGACGAAAAAUGGAUGGUCCUCGUCGGGAUUACCGGCAACCCCAGCAACCCCAGUGCGUUCAAGGUCAAAGGUAGCAUGCAGCUCUAUAACAAGGAUCGUGCCGUCAGCCAAUCGAUCGAAGGCCAUGCUGCUAGCUUUGCCGACUAUCGCUUGGAGGGCGCUACCACCGACAGCAAACUUUUCGCCUUUGCUGUUCGAACCGCAGCGGGUGCCAAAAAGGCAGUCGAUGUCUUCUUCCCGCCUGAGGCUACUAACGACUUCCCAGUGGCCAUGCAGGUCUCCAAAAAGCACAAGAUCAUUUACAUGGUCACCAAGUACGGCUUUAUCCAUCUGUACGAUGUCGAAACGGCCGCAUGUAUCUAUAUGAACCGAAUAUCGGGCGAGACUAUCUUUGUGACGGCUGAACACGAGACCAGUUCGGGUAUCAUCGGAGUCAAUCGAAAGGGACAAGUGCUUUCGGUGACAGUGGAUGAAGAAACGAUCGUCCCCUUCAUUCUCAACACGCUCAAGAAUCCCGAAUUGGCCAUCAAACUGGCCUCUCGGGCCGACCUGCCCGGAGCCGAUGACAUCUACGUUCAACAGUUCCAACAACUCUUCUCGUCUGGCCAGUUUUCUGAGGCAGCCAAAGUUGCCGCUAAUUCCCCACGCGGAAUCCUUAGGACGCCCCAAACGAUCGAGCAAUUCAAGGCCGUGCCCAUGCAACCCGGUCAACUCAGCCCGAUCUUACAAUACUUCGGGAUCCUCCUGGAAAGGGGCAAACUCAACCAGCACGAGAGUUUGGAGCUUGCGCGCCCGGUGCUCGUUCAAGGUCGCAAGCAACUCUUGGAGAAAUGGCUCAAGGAAGACAAGUUGGAUUGUAGUGAGGAGUUGGGCGACAUCGUUCGAGCGCACGAUAUGACUCUAGCUCUGAGUGUCUAUCUGCGUGCCAACAUUCCCAAUAAGGUUUGCGCAUGUUUUGCGGAGACAGGCCAAUCUAGUAAGAUUGUCGUCUACGCCAAAAGAGUCGGCUUCACUCCUGAUUAUGCCUCGCUGCUUCAACAUAUCACACGCUUGAGCCCUGACAGUGGGGCGGAGUUCGCAAGCUCCUUGAUCAACGACGAGUCUGGUCCUUUGGUGGACGUCGAACGAGUUAUCGAUAUCUUCAUGGCCCAGAACAUGAUCCAGCAGGCCACCAGUUUCCUCUUGGAUGCCUUGAAAGAAAACAAACCGGAGCAAGGCUAUCUGCAAACCAAACUUCUGGAGAUGAACCUUCUCAAUGCACCUCAAGUUGCUGAUGCGAUCCUGGGAAAUGAGAUGUUUUCGCAUUACGACCGUCCAAGCGUUGCCAAUCUUUGUGAGAAGGCCGGAUUGUUACAGCGCGCACUGGAGCAUUACGAAGACAUCUCCGACAUCAAGCGCGUCCUGGUUCACACAAACCUUCUUAACACUGACUGGCUCGUCAAUUACUUUGGAAAAUUGACUGUCGAUCAAACGGUCGACUGUUUCUGUGAAAUGCUGAAGGUCAACAUCCGUCAGAACCUACAGAUUGUGGUCCAAGCCGCCACGAAAUACUCGGAUCUUGUAGGAUCGGUCAGGCUCAUCGAAAUGUUUGAGUCUUUCAAGACGUUCGAGGGACUCUACUACUACCUCGGCUCGAUCGUCAACCUCAGUACAGACCCCGAAGUACAUUUCAAGUAUAUUCAGGCAGCCACCAGGACUGGUCAAAUUAGAGAAGUCGAACGAAUCUGUCGAGAAUCGAAUUAUUACCCUCCGGAAAAAGUCAAGAACUUCUUGAAAGAAGCCAAGUUGUCCGAUCAAUUGCCUUUGAUCAUCGUGUGCGAUCGGUUCGACUUUGUCCACGAUCUAGUUCUCUUCCUGUACCAAAAUGGCUUAACCAGCUUUAUCGAGGUUUACGUCCAGAAAGUCAACUCUCAAAGAGCGCCGCAGGUGAUUGGAGGGCUGUUAGAUGUUGAUGCGGACGAAAUGAUGAUAAAAAACUUGCUGGCAUCCGUCACUGGGCCGAUUCCCGUGGACGAGCUGGUCGAAGAAGUCGAAAAGCGGAACCGAUUAAAAUUGAUCCUACCCUGGCUCGAAGCGCGAAUCGCAAUGGGUAUAACCGAUGUCGGUCUAUACAACGCCAUGGCUAAGAUCUUGAUCGAUAGCAACCAAAACCCCGAAGCCUUUUUGAAGGAAAACACAAUCUACGACCCCCUGACCAUUGGUAAAUAUUGCGAGAAACGGGACCCCACUUUAGCUUACAUCGCCUAUGCCCGAGGAUUCUGCGACGAAGAUUUGAUUCGGAUCACAAAUGAAAACUCGAUGUUCAAGCUACAAGCCCGUUACCUUGUCAAACGUCGUCAGCUCGAGUUAUGGGCCCAAGUGUUACAGCCCGACAACAUGCACCGCCGCCAAUUGGUCGACCAAGUCGUCUCUACUGCGGUGCCCGAAAGCCAAAAUCCGGAGGAUGUCUCGGUUACUGUGAAGGCCUUCUUGGCCGCCGAUCUACCGAUCGAAUUGAUCGAACUGUUGGAGAAGAUUGUCUUGGAGCCGUCGCCAUUCAGCGACAAUGCGAAUUUGAAGAAGCUUCUACUAUUAACCGCCAUCCGAUCUGAGAAGGGUAAAGUCAUGGGCUACAUCGACAAGUUGGAAGAUAUUGAUGUCAGCGAGAUUGCGGGGAUUGCGAUCGAGCAUGGCUUGUUUGAGGAAGCCUUUACCCUCUUCCGAAAACAUAAAAUGCACCUGGAGGCGAUGAAUGUGUUGGUCGAGCAUGUCGUCAGUAUCGAUCGAGCUGCCCAAUAUGCCACGAAGGUUAACGAGCCAGCCGUAUGGAGUCGGUUGGGUAAAGCGCAGCUAGACGGAUUGAGAAUCAAAGAUGCGAUCGACUCGUACAUCAAGGCUGACGAUCCGACCAACUAUUUGGAACUUAUUGAGACCGCCGACCGCGCAGGUAAACAUGAUGACAUGGUCCGAUACUUGCAAAUGGCUAGAAAGACGCUCCGGGAGCCCAAGAUCGAUACCGAGCUCUGCGUGGCAUAUGCCAAGACCGACCGACUGCACGACAUGGAAGAGUUCCUGUCGAUGUCGAAUGUGGCCGAUCAACUGAGUGCUGGAGAGCAAGUCUUUGAGGCUGGCUUAUACGAGGCCGCCCGGCUACUCUUCUCGGCGAUCUCGAACUGGGCCCGGUUGGCGACGACGUUGAUUUACCUUGGCGACAACCAAGCUGCUGUGGACUGUGCCCGAAAGGCUGGGAACACUCAGGUCUGGAAACAGGUCAACUCGGCCUGUAUCGAUAAGAAGGAAUUCAGACUGGCUCAGGUCUGUGGAUUGAACUUGGUUGUCCACGCCGAAGAGUUGCAAUCCUUGGUCAAACUUUACGAAAAUAGAGGGUAUUUUGAGGAGUUGAUGCAGCUGCUUGAAGCCGGUUUGGGCCUCGAACGUGCUCACAUGGGCAUGUUCACAGAACUCUCGAUCUUGUAUGCGAAACACAAGCCGGCUAAGUUGAUGGAACAUCUCAAACUAUUCUGGUCGAGGAUCAACAUCCCCAAAGUGAUCAGGGCCACCGAGCAGGCCCAUCUCUGGCCCGAACUGGUGUUCUUGUACAUCCAUUAUGAUGAAUUCGAUAACGCUGUUUUGGCGAUGAUGGAGCGCUCUGCCGAUGCUUGGGAUCAUGGCCAAUUCAAAGACAUUGUUGUCAAAGUGGCCAAUGUUGAGCUAUAUUACAAGGCGCUUUCGUUCUAUCUACAAGAGCAGCCUACCCUCUUGACCGAUCUCUUGACGGUUCUAGUUCCGCGAAUAGACCACACUAGAGUGGUCAAGAUCUUCCAAAAGACGGACAACCUGCCGUUGAUCAAGCCGUAUCUGAUUGCCGUGCAGCACCUGGACCUACCUGCGAUCAACGAAGCGUACCAUGACUUAUUGAUCGAAGAAGAAGAUUACGCGACGCUCCGGGACUCGCUAUCGAACCACGACAACUUCGACCAAGUCAGUCUGGCCAAGCGGCUCGAGAACCACGAGCUGCUCGAGUUCAGACGCUUGGCCGCAUUACUCUAUGCCAAGAACGGGAAGUUCGAAGAGUCGAUCGGCUUGAGUAAGGACGACAAACUCUUCAAGGAUGCUAUGAUCACCGCCGCUAGCUCCGCCUCCAACGAGAUCGUCGAGGAAUUGCUCGAGUACUUCGUCAAGAUCGGCAACAAAGAAUGCUUUGCUGCUUGUCUUUACAUCUGUUACGACCUUAUCCGCCCGGACGUUGUUGAAGAUCUACAAUGGAGACAUGCGCUUAACGAUUACACGAUGCCUUAUCGAUUGCAACAGAUGAGGGAACAGACCAGUCGACUUGAGCAGAUCGAGCGCCAGUUAAAAGAGCUGAGUCUUCGAUCAGCUAAGGCGGUAGAAGAGACAGAAUCGCAGCCGAUCAUUGGCCCCGGCUUUGGAGGCAGAUUGAUGCUCACCCAAGGCCCGUCCAACGGGAUGAUGGUCGGCCAGCCCACCGGCGCUUACGGCGGCGGACCCCCCAGCGCCGGCGGGAUGAUGCGCGGGAUGCAGGCCCAGCCUACCGGCAUGAUGGGCCAGCAAUUCACCGGCAUGCCCGGGAUGAUGGGCUUUUAA